AUGCCUAAACACAUCCAAGUUCACUGGCGCGCAUUGCGCCCUCUUUUAUUUCUCCUCGCCUUUCUAGGUCUUGUCACAUACUAUUUCUACCACACAUCUCGACCACCUUAUCAAUUGUACACCACCAUCGCGACCACGGAAACGAAGGAAUCCAACAAACUAGUCGGAAACUCGAGAGGCCAUAAAUAUGUCAAGUUUAAGCAACUUCGGGGUGCUGGGUUCAAUAACCAGGCGCAGGAAAUUCUGUUGUAUCAUCAUCUUGCUUUACAAACGAAUCGCGUCUAUGUAUAUCAGCCUCUCAUAUGGCGUCCACGAGGUGAAAAGGCCACAGUGCCUCUAUCCGCGUUCCUAAGCGGUCCAACAAAAGGGAGCAUCAACGAAGAAGUAUUUAACAAAAUUUGCCCCGAGGGCGAAGUCACCCAUGUACAGCUGUUUUCGGGCGAUUACGAAACGCAAUGGGCGCACGCAAAAUCGGUGUUGGAAGGCAAUGACAGGUGUGUCGUUGUCGAUGAUUGGAUAUUCAACUGGAACUUCCUUGCGUCGGCGGGCACUCAUCCAAUCUGGCCGACCUUUCAGAAAUAUCUCGCGAACCAUUUUGAAUGGUCAAGCGAUGUCUUGAGAAUAGUUGACCGCGUUCAAAAUGCACUCAAUUUCCGCGAUAAACCAUCUUCAAAGGAUCGAGAUUCCUACGUAGCGCUACAUCUCCGACGUGGUGACUUCGAAGAACACUGCCGCUACCUCGGCGAAACGCACACGGGGUUCACAACAUGGGCCACCCUCCCCCUCAUCUCCGACUCCAUUCUCCCUCCAACACUCGACGUGAACAACGGUACCUCCGUGAUGGAACACUGUUACCCAUCUCUCCAUCGCAUCCUCGACGCAAUCACACACCAAGUCCGAUCAAGGCCCCACCUGCGUACCAUCCACAUCUUGCAUGACGGCGCCUGGGAUCACCCGCUUGUCUAUCUGCAAUACUACAAGCUUAGAGAGGCAUUGACGAACUCGGAGUGGGCGGAGCAAGCCGGGUGGGCUGGUGGGCCCAUGCGCAGGGUAACGCAAUCCGCGGACGCGCCGAAAGUUUGGGGAGAGGGCGACUGGGCGGUAUGUGUAGAUGUUGAGCUGGCAAGGCGGGCGGAGGUGUUUAUUGGGAACGGGUAUUCGAGUUUGAGCACUCAAGUCGUGGCAUUGAGGUUGGGGGCUGAUGGUGGGCAGCCGGAGGAUAUCACAUUUGUUUGA